AGGAAGUGAAGCUGUUGUGAAAAGUUACCGGUAAAAUGGGUCGAGCGGAGCGGAAAGCGGAAGCCCGGGAGGAAAUCUUACGUCGGGAGAUGUCCCGGGGCCUCCGCUCGCAGGUUACCCGGAUCCUGCGGAAGCCGGCGGAUGAGAGGAGCCCCGCGGAGAAGGAGCUGCUGGGCAGCUGCCGGGAACUGGUGCGGGAGCUGGAGCGGCUCAUCCAGCUGAGGGAGAGGCAGCGGCACCGGGAGCUGGAGGUGGUUGAUGAGGCAGAGUUACUCCGUGAGAAGGUUCUGCUGUUGGCAGACGCUGUCCGGAGAGCAAAAAACUUGGUGAUCUACACCGGAGCCGGCAUCAGCACGGCAGCUGCUAUCCCAGAUUACAGGGGUCCACGUGGUGUGUGGACAUUGCUGAAUAAGGGGAAGAGUGUGAGCUCGGGGGAUCUAAGCGAAGCCCAACCAACCUUCACGCACAUGUCCAUCGCCCGGCUCCACAGUGCCGGACUGGUCCAGCAUGUGGUGUCACAAAACUGCGACGGGCUUCACUUACGCAGCGGGUUACCCCGAGCAGCAACCUCCGAGGUGCACGGGAACAUGUACAUAGAGGUGUGCACUUCCUGCUCCCCGGAUAGAGAGUACGUGCGAUUGUUUGAUGUGACGGAGCGCACGGCUCUCCAUAAGCAUGGUACCGGCCGCUUCUGCCACAAAUGCGGAGGGGAGCUCCGCGACUCCAUCGUGCACUUUGGAGAACGGGGCAAACUGCCGCAGCCGCUGAACUGGGCAGGGGCAACGGAAGCCGCGGAACGGGCUGACGUCAUUCUGUGUCUGGGCUCGAGUCUGAAGGUACUGAAGAAAUAUCGCUGCCUGUGGGGUAUGAACAAACCGCUGGCAAAGCGCCCCAAGCUCUACAUCGUGAAUUUACAGUGGACGCCCAAAGACUCCAUGGCUACCUUGAAGCUUAAUGGGAAGUGUGAUGAAGUCAUGCAGCUCGUGAUGAAUGAGUUGAACCUGGAUGUUCCGGAAUAUGACAGGUCUCUGGAUCCGAUCUUUUCGACGGCGGUACCUCUACGCCCCGGGGAAGAAGGCAGCCACAGUCGCCGACCAAUAAUGCCUGUUCUACAUGAGAAGGACCCUCUGUUACAGACCUCUACACCUUCCAAGGAGCCUCUGAACGGGGGCUGGUUUGGUAAAGGAUGCACCAAGGGGAGGAAGAAGAAAAGAUGAUAAUGGGACUCUUAAAUCUGCACAUUAUGGACAUUUGUUCCUUUUUUUUUUUACCGAAAAUGUAUUAUUUAAAGUGUUUGGGUUGAAAGGGGGCUGGUGCCUCUUUGUAAUGUCUGCCCACAGUAAAGAUGGCUGCUCUGUUGUUUUGUA